CAAGCUGGAUUCCCUCGUUUGUACUUACUAUUCAAAUUAAAUCAAACUAUUUAUAUAUAUAUAUAUAUAUAUUAGAGUUCCAUGGAUGCUCUGUUUUCUUAGUUUUCUGGCUUCUACGUUUUCCUGUUGAGUUCUUUCUAGCUACAAAAUUUUGGUAUAGUUCCUAAGCCGGCGAGGGGAGUUCAGGAUCAUGGCAGGGGCAGGUGGAGGGAGAUCUUUGGAACAAACACCGACAUGGGCUGUCGCCGUCGUCUGUUUUGUUUUGGUUGUAAUAUCCAUAUUCAUCGAGCACAUCAUCCAUCUUAUAGGAAAGUGGUUGAAGAAGAAACACAAAAGAGCUUUAUAUGAGGCACUAGAAAAGAUCAAAUCAGAGCUUAUGCUAUUGGGAUUUAUCUCGUUGCUUCUGACGGUAGGACAAGGGCCAAUAUCAAAUAUAUGCGUAUCGGAGAGAGUUGGAGCGUCGUGGCAUCCAUGCAGCAAGGAAAAAGAAAUCGAACUGGAGGAGGACGAUUCUGAAAGCAAUCGCCGGAAGCUACUGAUGGUGUCGGACUCUGGGGCAACUUUCCGCCGCUUUUUGGCGUCGGCUUCGUCGAAUUCUACAGAUCAAUGUGUAGCCAAGGGUCAAGUCCCAUUGGUAUCAAAUGAAGGUAUUCAUCAACUACACAUUUUUAUCUUCGUGUUGGCUAUUUUUCACGUCCUUUACUGCGUCAUCACCCUCGCUUUGGGCAGAGCCAAGAUGAGACGUUGGAAGCAUUGGGAAACCGAGACAAGAACAGCUGAGUACCAGUUCUCCCACGAUCCAGAACGAUUCAGGUUUGCUAGGGACACUUCUUUUGGGAGAAGGCACUUAAGCUUCUGGGCCAAAACGCCUGCCCUCAUGUGGAUAGUUUGUUUCUUCAGGCAGUUCGUUAGAUCGGUUCCUAAAGUUGAUUACUUGACUUUGCGACAUGGAUUUAUCAUGGCACAUUUGGCACCUCAAAGUCAUCAAAGAUUUAACUUCCAAAAAUAUAUAAAGAGAUCAUUGGAGGAGGAUUUCAAAGUCGUUGUGGGGAUCAGCCCACCGAUCUGGUUCUUCGCGGUGGUAUUCUUACUCUUUAACACUCACGGCUGGAAAUCUUAUCUAUGGCUACCAUUUAUCCCAUUGAUUAUCAUCCUAUUGGUGGGGACGAAACUACAGGUGAUCGUAACAAAAAUGGCAUUGAGAAUCCAAGAGAGAGGAGAGGUUGUGCAGGGGUUGAUACAAGUGCAGCCGGAUGACGACCUCUUCUGGUUCAACCGUCCUCGCCUCAUUCUCUACCUCAUUAACUUUGUUCUCUUUCAGAAUGCCUUUCAGCUUGCUUUCUUUGCAUGGGCUUGGUAUGAAUUCGGGUUGAAAUCUUGUUUCCACGAGCAUACUGAGGAUAUCGUCAUUAGAAUCUCAAUGGGGGUCCUCAUACAAAUUCUGUGCAGCUACGUGACUCUCCCACUCUAUGCCCUUGUAACACAGAUGGGUUCAAGCAUGAAACCGACCAUAUUCAACGAAAGAGUGGCAGCGGCUCUACGCAAUUGGCACCACACGGCUAGGAAGCACAUAAAACAGAACAAGGGUGGCUCGGUGACGGCAACCCCCAUGUCUAGUAGACCUGCCACCCCAUCCCACCACUUGUCACCAGUUCAUCUCCUCCGCCACUAUCGGAGCGAAGCCGCAGACAGCAUUCAUACAUCACCGAGAAAAACCAAUUUUGAUGUUGAGCAUUGGGAAACCGAAUCACCCUCCCCCUCACACCACAACCCGGUCGGCGAGGGUUCGUCCUCUUAUCACAACCGCCAAAUGGACCAAAGUUAUAUAGAGUAUGAUGUAAAAGAGCUGACCUCAAGUCAAGUGGCUCCACUUCCACAGCCUGACCGCACGGACCACCAAAUCGAUAUCGGGCCUCCAAAAGACUUUUCAUUUGAUAAAAGAACAAGUUCGUGAUAAUUUUUUU